AUGUCAAGCAAUGACCAAUCGCCAUCGGGAGUGCGAGUACAUGCCGAUCGUCCUUUGACUCCUGAAGAAUUAGAAGCGGCGUUCAAAGUGAACAUCGUGGAUAAAGAUGGGAACUCAUGCACUCUCGGAGACGUCGUAAGUGGGAAGAGGGUAUUAAUCGUGUUCAUCAGGCAUUUCUGGUGUGCGAAUUGUCAGAUAUACACAUAUCAACUCGGACAAUCCAUACCGCCGUCUUCUUUGCCCCAAGGAACAGAGAUCAUCAUAAUAGGUUGUGGAUCAUCUUCACCCAUUUCACAUUAUGCUGAAAUCGUUUCAUCACCUUAUCCGAUAUAUUCAUGUCCGUCACUAGAAUUACACAAGAUAUUCCAAUUUGUUUCUACAUUAUCAGGAUCGAUAAGUGGUGAUGAUAAUAAGAAAGAUUAUACUUCAUCUUUAGGCGGGAUAAUCCCCAGGACUUGGUUUACUCUGAAAAAGAAUUUUUGGAAUAACCCUUUACAUGGCUCUGAGAAAGAAAGAGGCCCAAUGAAACAGAAUGGAGGAGAAGUCAUCGUUGAACGAGACGGUACAUGUUCGUUUAUUCAUCGAAUGCAAAAUACAGAAGAUCAUACUAAUAUAGAUCAACUUGCGAAUCACAUUGAAGCGAAAUAUAUACCCUUGUCUGAAAAAGCCAAAACAUGGCCAUACGCCAAUUGA